AUGGACAUGUUCGGAGCCGAUAAACGUGACAAUCGAUUAGGAUGUAAAAAGUGCGGCUUUCAAGGACAUCUUACUUAUCAAUGUCGAAAUGAACAGGCUAGAAAGCCAAUUAUCGCUGGACAAGAAUCCAGUAGCGAGGAAGAGGAAUUUAUCAGUCCUUUAAAGAGAUUAGAUCAAAUGGAACGUGAGCAGGCAAUUGAGAAACAAAAAAAGGCAAUAGAAAAACUGAAAAUGGAAAAAGAAAAGCGAAAGAGAAGGAAAUCCAGCAGUUCAUCAUCAUCAAGCAGCAGUUCUUCGUCAUCAAGUAGCAGUUCAUCGUCAUCAAGCAGCAGUUCAACAUCCAGUAGCUCAUCAGACGACCACAAAAAGAAGAAAAGAAAGCGAAAACACAGCAGCAACAAAAAGAGAAAGUCCAAAAAGACCCAGAAAAAGAGGAAACAUAAAAAAUAA